UCGCCGCAAUGUCUGACGGGAUUCAGAGUCAGAAUAGAUUUUUAGUACUUCCUGAUUUUACGAGACCGAAAAACUCAAGCAGAUCUGUAAAAAGUUGUUAGUCCGUGGAACUACAACUAAGAAGACAGAGGUGAAGUAGGAAAAAAGACAGUCAAAAUGUCCUUGAUGGAUCAUGUGGGUGUCCGGCCAAUUACAGCAGUAGCAUGGACCUCCAACACUGCCACCUGCCCCAAAGACUUUACCAUGAUCAACAUCACGGAAGAUGGAGCUGCAGCAAACUUUACCCGCAGCUUUGCUAUGAAGUCAGGAUAUUACCUCUGUUACAGCAAGGACCAGAGAGGUGGAAUGGUAGUCUCAGACAUUCAGCUUCUCUCAGAUAAAGAUCCUGUCCCUCAUGGUUACUGUUUCAUCUCUGAACACCUUGAACCAAAGGCCUCCGUUUCCAAGAAGAAACGCGCGUGCGUGCGUAUCGUUCCAGUUGCAAGUGUGGAUAGUGCUGUGCUGGAUAUUAAACUGACAGCCAAAAGCAAAAUGAUGUUACAGCAUUACACAUAUGUAGGAGACAUCAAUGGCUACGUGUUGUGGUGCAGAAAAGGACGUUUUUCUAACCCCGCUCCUCAGGCCAAACCUCGCAGUGUCAGCUUGGACAUCCGCAGACUCUCCCUGGAGCAUUCAUCCGCACCUCUGCCCCUGAGACCCAGCAACCCUCCUCCCCCACUGCCACAUGGUAAACUGAGCCAGAGACGUUACAGCCUCACGUCUAAGGACCACUUGGACAAGCCUGUGGACAGCAGUAUUCAGGGAAUCACAGCUCUAGAUGGUGUUCCCUUUUGUCUGCACCCAAAAUUUGAUGUCAGAGCGAAUGGGAUGAAUUCUCAUCUGAACUCUCAAAUAAAUAUACGGAUCAAGUCUCUGCAAAUGAUUGAAAAUGAGUACAACUACACAUUUGCUGUGGAAGAAAACGCCUUCAAAAGGACCAGGCCAACAAUGACCAAAGGACCAACAGCUCAGUGACUCCACAACAAUGGGUUUUAUGUUACUCUGUCCAAGCGUUCAUGUUGGGCACAGAUGGUGGACAAUGAUGCCUAUAUUUAGGUUGAUAAUAGUAAAACUGGGGUAAACUAGGUUUUUGGGUGUAAAGUAUUUAUCAAUACUUAGUUAACUUUAUUUAAACAUUCCAGAUUUCCGUUUGCCAUCCUUUUACAGACUUUACACCCAUCAUAAAGAUGGCAGUUUAUCUUCAUCACUGAGCCCAUAGAAACGUAUCACAUAAAUUGUGAAAAAUGAAGAUGUACCUGUCCUUCAGUUGCCGUUUGCUUCAGCUGUACUGUUUGUUACUUUUAUAUUCAUGUCUUUAAUAUGUGUUGGUUACAGUUCAAUUUAUCAGUCCAUGACUGAAUAUUUAUGGGUGAACUUGGCUGAGGACAUAUACCGUAUAUAUGUACAUACAUUUAUGUACAUAUAUAUAUACAUAUAUAUCUCCUCAGCCAGGUAUUUGUAUAUAUAGCAAUAAGUAUAGCCAUAUGAAUAAUACUAUGUGCCAGGUUUGUGUAUUAUCAGAAUAUAUAUUGUCCGAUGAUGAGGUGGGAGCAGAGCAGUGAAGUGAAGUGAAAAAGUUGUUCUUCAUUGUUAAACAAUUUCUUACAUUUGGAUAUAACUGAUCCAAAUAUUUAUGACAUGAAGUGUUUGUAACAUCGUAGCAAUUAAUAAAAAUAAAGAUUCUCUGGAAGAAAAAAAAA